AUGCAGAACGAGUAUCCCACAGCCAAGCGUCUGUACGAGCAGCGCUGCCGCGACAAGGACGAGGCGGAGCAGGCUGUGCACCGCAACGCCAACCUGGUCACGCAGAAGCAGCAGGAGAAGCUUCGACCAUGGAAUAAAGCUGGAAGAAACCAGAGGCACAUGGGAAUAGAACAGAGCUCCACCAGCCAGGACAGGGUCUGCAACCCCCUCCUGCCACGGAUGCAGGAGGAAAAACAAAACGCCUUGCGUGCCUCGCUCCUGCCGGCGCAGCAGAUGAAUUUCCACACGCACAAACACACUCGCACCAGCCACCACCGUGCGAACCGGCGCACGGGGACGCUCCCGCAUCCCCGGGUGACCCCGCAUCCCCACCUCCACCCCCUCCUGCCCCACCACAGCCGAGCUGCGGGGGCCCCCGCCGCCCCGCCGCCCGCCCCGGUGCUGCUGCGCCCGGCCAGCGGCAGCCGCCAGCAGGAUGCCCCGGGGGCUGCGGACGGCUUGGCUUUGGCCUCGGAUCCCGGCGGCACCCUCAACUUUUUAGCCAUGGUGGAGAACCUUCAGGGCGACUCCGGCCGCGGGUACUACCUGGAGAUGCUGAUCGGGACCCCGCCGCAGGCGUUAAAUAUCCUGGUUGACACUGGGAGCAGCAAUUUUGCUGUAGCAGGUGUGCCUGAUCCUGAUGUCACAUCCUACUUCAAUCCUGAGCUGUCAAGCACAUACAGAUCUCAAGGGCUUGAGGUCACAGUGAAGUACAGCCAAGGCAGCUGGACUGGAGUGCUGGGCACAGAUGUCAUCACCAUGCCCAAAGGACUCUCUGGCAGCUACACCAUCAACAUUGCCACCAUCCUCGAGUCAGAGAACUUCUUCCUGCCAGGGGUGAAGUGGCACGGGAUCCUUGGUCUGGCCUACGAUGCCUUAGCCAAGCCUUCGAGUUCUGUGGAGACAUUCUUUGACUCCCUCGUGAGGCAGGCCAAGAUCCCCAACAUUUUCUCCCUGCAGAUGUGUGGUGCUGGACUCCCUGUUUCUGGAAGUGGUACCAACGGAGGUAGUCUUGUGCUGGGUGGAAUUGAGCCCAGCCUGUACACGGGGGACAUCUGGUACACACCCAUCAAAGAGGAGUGGUACUACCAGGUGGAAAUCCUCAAACUGGAGGUCGGGGGACAGAACCUGGAGCUGGACUGCAGAGAGUACAAUGCUGAUAAAGCCAUAGUAGACAGUGGAACCACUCUCCUUCGACUGCCAGAGAAAGUCUUCAGUGCUGUGGUGCAGGCAAUAGCUCGCACAUCCCUGAUACAAGAAUUCUCUUCUGGUUUCUGGACUGGUUCACAGCUUGCAUGCUGGGACAGAGCUGAAAAACCCUGGUCCUUAUUUCCCAAACUCUCCAUUUACCUGAGGGAUGAAAACUCCAGUAGGUCGUUUCGGAUCUCUAUCCUACCACAGCUUUAUAUUCAACCCAUCCUUGUGAUAGGAGAUAAUUUGCAGUGCUACCGAUUUGGCAUCUCCUCCUCCACAAAUGCCCUGGUCAUUGGUGCUACAGUCAUGGAAGGAUUUUAUGUCAUCUUUGACAGAGCCCAGAGGAGAGUGGGCUUUGCAGUGAGUCCCUGUGCAGAAGCUGACGGCUCCCCCGUCUCGGAGAUCGAGGGCCCUUUCACCACAGCAGACGUCGCCAGCAACUGCGUCUCCAGCGUUUCCUUCCACGAGCCCGUGCUCUGGAUCGCCUCCUACGCCCUGAUGAGCCUGUGUGGGAUCAUCCUGCUGGUGCUGAUCGUGCUGCUGCUCAUCCCACCCCGCUGCCAGCACCGCUACACCGACAACGACGUGGUCAACGACGAGUCCUCCCUCGUGCGCCACCGCUGGAAGUGAGAGGCUGGGUCCCAAAAACUGACUCAAAAACGGGGCCAAGGACAAAGAGCUCUGCCAAGGGGAAGAAGCCAAUGCCUCCUCAGUCCUUCCUACGUCCCUACAAAACGCUGUUGAAAAUCCCACCAAAUAUCCUGCGUCGUGACUUUUACAGCUUUAUUUUCUAACACCGGUUCUGAACCAAAGCACUGUUAACCACCUCUGAAGUGCUACGGUACUGGAUUUGCCACUGCAGUACAAGGAGCCUUUAUGCUCUCUACAGUACCUUCUUUAAAAAAAA